AUGGCAGCUUUUGUUUUUGAAAUGGUAGAUUCUCUAGAUGCCUUGGUGUUGCAGCUCUUGGUGGGGAUAUUCUGGAAACCUGGUCAAUAUUUUCAGCCUCAAGAAGAGGUGGGCACUCAACUGUGUUAUUGGCACUCUGCCUCUUAUAGGUUGCUGAGGCACAGGAUGGUUGUAGCAUUAAGCAAGUCAACCCUCCACAAUGACCUCCUAUUUCUUUGCUUCCCUUCUCCCAAGUUGCAUCCCUUCCCAAUAUUCACCAGUUUCCUGCCUGAGGAAUCAUACAGACCACUAAGGGAACCAGCUUACCUCAAUCACAUCAUUUCAGCGUUCUCAAAAAUUUCUUUUGCUUUAUUAUUAUUCAUUUCAUUUCUGUAUCACUUUAUAUUUUAA